AUGGUCUCCAAACUUGACACAUUCUCAGCCAUAUCACGUUCUAUGAGUUACGGUCAACAAAAUCGUCUUCACAUCGACACCUCGACCUCUGUUGCCGAAAACAAAUUCCCUAUCUAUAAUCUCACGGGUGAUGUAGAGAUUAUUAUACGGGCUGGUGGACAUACCAGUCGCUAUCUUUUGCAUAGAUUCAUCCUAGCACAAUGUUCGGGAUUUUUCGAAGCAAGUACAACCGAGAACUGGACAAAACAAUCUACCGAAAAUAUUACUAGACAGGGAACUUGUAAAAAGACCCAUAUAUUGAAAAAUAGCGAUGGAAGUAGUCAAGAGCCCGAGCGAAAAAUAUGGAGAUAUGAGUUAGAAAUGGGAGAUCAUUGUCAAGAUAUCCCCGUCCUUGUCAGAAAAGACAUUUAUGAGCUGGGUGUUCUCUUGGGCACUACUGAGGACUCUCCACCCCCAGUUUACAACAAACCAAUACCCAAUGAUCCUUGUCACUCAUACAUCCACUCUACCUCUACUUUUUCCCAUUCAUCUCCUCUAUCUCGUCUUAGCAAGGAAGCUACCGAUUUUCUUCAGGCCUACGAAAAUCUUUUCCGGACAUUUUACAACCAGCCGCCUUCACUCCAUCCUACUUCUCUCUCGCGCGCCUAUCAUGAAAGCAAGGCGCUUCUUAGUCUUGCUGAAAUAUACGAUGCACUAUCGGUAAUUGGUCCACGCAUUGAUCAUCACCUCCUUCGUUUCCAGUCAACUUUAUGGAAGCAAAUUGCCAAAUAUCCUACAUCUUACCUUCGACUUGGCUUUCUCGCACAAUCCAAACAUAUAUUUCAAGAAGCUCUGGUACAUAUUAUCGGACAGUGGCCGAACGGCGAGGGAUUUAUCCUUGAAAGACUUCCUACGAGCAUAGUCAGCUUAAUACAGGAUAAGGCCCGCCAACUACAGGAAUUAGUGACAAGUGUGGAGACUGCCUUGUGGAGACUAACGCUGCGAACAUCAAGUGGAGCUCGGGUCACACCAUACAACUCAUAUUUAGAUUGGCUUGUAGUUAGCUUCUUCCGCGAAUGGCUUGUUGAAUGCGUCACGCAAGCGUCUCCCAUGACCGGUACUGCGCCAGCUUUGCGUUUGAGAGAUAGGAAUAAUCCAUCAGACAUAACAAGCCGAAGAAGGGAUACCCGAAUCACUUCGCUGGCGGAGGAUGAUGAAAUACCUGCGCUCGCACAGGAAUUCAAUGAACAAUCUAUCUAUCACGAUGCCCUCUCUUCGCCUUCCAUCUACUCAACUACUCACUUUAAAUUAUCUGCCUCAGUACCUAGUAGUAUUUCUCCCAAAGUCCUUUUGAAAAUCGGCCGUUCCAAUCCUUCCUCCCCGAGUUAUCUGAGACAUAACGAAUGUAAGAGCUUUCUCAAGCUUACGAGUGAUUCUCUCUACACUCACGAUAAUCUCAAGUACUUCGAGCGCCGCUUAGAGGAGCUGCGCUCUAUGGCACGCGAGGCCGUCAAGCCCAUCAUGCUUUCUAAAUUAAAUGAUAAGCUCACGAGCAACGACUACUUGGUUUGCGUUGGCUUGGAAGCGGGGGAAUGGCCUUGGGAUCGGCGUCAGUAG